UGACGUCAUGCAGCAGUCCAGUAGAGGCUCCACUUUCCCCCCCUCACUCAAAUUGUAACCACCAGCAUCAGAAGCGGUGGGACACAGAAGAGAGGAGCCUUUUUUAUUUUUAUUUUAGCAGCGAGGCACGCCAACGGACGAUCUUGCAUUUGUAUCAUCCUGAUUUUGCAAAAGGAAUAAUUUUAUCACAGAGAAGACCGCUUUGAUUUUAAGGAUUCUUUAAAAAAAAAAAAAAAAGACACCACAUACCUCUUGUUUGCAUGCUGUUAUUUCAGUAAGCAACAUAACGUUACAUCACCGUGCCAUUGUACAACACUUCGCCUUUUUAGGCUGGAAAAGCCUUAUUAUGCAUAGAUUUUAAUGAUACAUUCUCUGCUGUGCAUAUUGUCUGCUCAGCUACGUUUGCUAGCGUGUCGGAGGGCGCAAGAAACAACAGACCACGGCGGACAAUCGUGAGGUUUGGAUGAGGUGUUUGAAUCCAGCCUUACGUGAACAAUUGUGAUAUUUCCAUAGGCAAUGCCAUCUUGCAAUGCAAACAUGCUGGCUGUUGGAUUGCUUUACCUGGGAUUAGUUUUUGCAAUAGAGAUUGUAGAUCCCACCAGAGCCAUUGAAGCCCCGAAGACAUGCAGUCCGAAGCAGUUUGUGUGUAAAGACCAGGUGACCUGCAUCUCCAAAGGCUGGCGCUGUGAUGGAGAGAAAGACUGUCCCGACGGCUCUGAUGAAGCCGCAGAUAUCUGCCAUCACACCCAGGUGUCACAGUGCCCUCCCAAUGAGUUUGAGUGUCGAGGAACAGAUGUGUGCAUUCACCUGAGCAAGCUUUGUGACGGCGUCCCAGACUGCUCGGAUGGACGUGACGAGGGGCCGCACUGUCGAGAGUAUGCUCUUAACUGCACCAUCAUGGGCUGCCAGUACAACUGUUCAGUGACGCUGUCGGGUCCAAAGUGCUACUGCAGGAAUGGCUAUGAGGUGGGAGAAGAUGGAAAGAGAUGCAAAGACUUUAACGAGUGUGCAGUGUAUGGGACUUGCAGUCAGACAUGCACAAACACAGAUGGCUCCUACACCUGCAGCUGUGUGGAGGGCUACUUGCCUCAACCAGACAACCGUUCCUGCAAGGCCAAGAAUGACCCUGUAGAUCGGCAUCCGUACCUCUUCAUAGCCAACUCACAGAACAUCCAAGCCACCUCUCUAAGUGGAGCCAAUCCCAUCUCCAUCAACACAAAGCAGACCACUGCUAUGGACUUUAUCUACACCCAGGAGACCGUGUGCUGGAUCCACAUGGGAGACUCCCCCGCAGCCACCCAACUCAAGUGUGCCAACUUCCCCAAUGCCAAGAGCUUCACGGAGGAGAAGACCAUCAACAUCUCCCUCAGCCUGCACCAUGUGGAGCAGAUGGCUAUUGACUGGCUGACAGGAAACUUCUACUUUGUGGAUGAUGUGGACGACCGCAUUUUUGUGUGCAGUAAAGAUGGCUUAACCUGUGUCAUCCUGCUGGACCUGGAGCUCUAUAACCCUAAAGGAAUCGCACUGGACCCAGCCAUGGGGAAAGUGUUCUUCACAGACUACGGCCAAAUCCCGAAGGUAGAGCGCUGUGAUAUGGACGGCCAGAACCGCACCAAACUGGUAGACAGUAAAAUCGUCUUCCCUCACGGCAUCACUCUGGACUUGGUCAGCAAGCUGGUGUACUGGGCUGACGCUUACCUGGAUUACAUUGAGGUGGUGGACUACGAAGGCAAGAACCGGCACACCAUCAUUCAGGGAUUGCUGAUUGAACAUCUCUAUGGUCUAACAGUGUUUGAAAACUAUCUGUAUGCCACCAACUCUGACAAUGCCAACAUGCAGCCCAAAACCAGUGUGAUCAGAGUCAACCGAUUCAACAGUUCUGACUUCCAGGUGGUGACACGCGUAGAUAAGGGUGGCGCCCUUCACGUUUACCACCAGAGACGUCAACCUGCAGUCCGCAGUCACGCAUGUGCUCCGGAUCAGUUUGGGAAGCCAGGCGGCUGCUCUGAUAUCUGCCUGCUGGGUAACAGUCACAAGAGCCGAACCUGCCGCUGCCGUUCUGGUUUUAGCCUGGGCAGUGAUGGAAAGUCCUGCAAGAAACCAGAGCAUGAGCUCUUCCUGGUGUACGGUAAAGGCCGGCCUGGUGUCAUCCGUGGUAUGGACAUGCAUGCCAGGGUGUAUGACGAGCACAUCAUCCCCAUCGAGAACCUGAAUAACCCAAGAGCCCUGGACUUCCACACUGAGACCGAAUUCAUCUAUUUCGCUGAUGCCACCAGCUACAUCAUCGGCCGCCAGAAGAUUGAUGGCACUGAGAGAGACAUCAUAGUGAAGGAUGGUAUUCAUACAGUAGAAGGUAUCGCUGUGGACUGGAUGGGGCAAAACCUGUAUUGGACUGAUGAUGGACCCAAAAAGACCAUCAGUGUGGCCAAACUGGAGAAAGCCUCUCAGACCCGCAAAACGCUUAUUGAGGGAAAGAUGACCCAUCCUAGAGCCAUAGUAGUAGACCCUUCUCAUGGAAUGAUGUACUGGAGUGACUGGGAGGAGGAGCCUAAAGAGACCAAUCGGGGCAGUAUAAAGAAGGCCUGGAUGGACGGUUCAAAUGCUGGUAUCCUGCUUACUUCUAAAACUGUGCUCUGGCCCAAUGGCCUCAGCCUGGACAUCCAGCAGGGCAUCUUGUACUGGGUGGAUGCGUACUACGACCGCAUCGAGAUGGUGUUUCUCAACACCACAGAACGCAGGACGGUAUUUGAAGGACAGGAGCUGAACCAUCCCUUUGGCCUGUGUCACUAUAAGAACUUCCUGUUCUGGAAUGAGUACCGCAGUGGAGGAAUCUACAAACUGGACCAGAACACCAAGAAGGCCACGUUGCUGCGCAGUGAACGACCACCAAUCUAUGAGAUUCGCACCUAUGACGCACAACAACAGCAAAUCACAGGCUCCAACGUGUGCCGUGCCAAUAAUGGUGGCUGCAGCAGUCUGUGUCUGCUGACGCCCACUGGACGCUCCUGCGCCUGUGCCGACGACCAGAUACUAGAUACUGACAACAAGACCUGUAAAGCAAACCCUUCCUACGUGCCUCCUCCUCAGUGCCAGCCUGGAGAAUUUGCCUGUAAGAAUAAUCGCUGUAUUCAAGACCGCUGGAAGUGUGACGGGGACAAUGACUGUCUGGACAACAGCGAUGAGGCCCCUGAGUUAUGCCACCAGCACACCUGUCCCGCGGACCGCUUUAAGUGCCAGAAUAACCGUUGUAUCCCACUGCGCUGGCUUUGUGAUGGAGACAAUGACUGUGGGAAUGAUGAAGACGAAUCUAACAGCACCUGCUUGGCACGCACGUGUCCUUCUAAUCAGUACCCAUGUGCCAGUGGCCGUUGUAUUCCUGUCUCCUGGACUUGUGACCUGGAUGAUGAUUGUGGCGAUCGCUCAGAUGAACCACCAUCUUGUGCAUAUCCCACCUGUUUCCCACUCACUCAGUUCACUUGUGCCAAUGGACGCUGCAUCAAUGUCAACUGGCGUUGUGAUAAUGAUAAUGACUGUGGGGAUAACAGUGAUGAAGCCGGCUGCAGUCACUCGUGCUCCAGUGUGCAGUUUAAAUGCAAUAGCGGCCGCUGUAUUCCAGAGUACUGGACCUGUGAUGGAGACAACGACUGUGGAGAUUACAGCGAUGAGACUCAUGCCAACUGUACGACCACGCGGCCUCCCGGCGGUUGCCACACGGAUGAGUUCCAGUGCCGAAUGGACGGUUUGUGUAUUCCUAUGCGAUGGCGCUGUGAUGGAGACACGGACUGCAUGGACCUCAGCGACGAGAAGAACUGCGAGGGCGUCACGCAUAUGUGCGACCCUGCCGUCAAGUUUGCCUGCAAGGACUCGGCUCGCUGUAUCAGCAAGGCCUGGGUGUGUGACAGGGACAGCGAUUGCGAGGAUAACUCGGAUGAAGAAAACUGCGAGACUCUUGAGUGCAAGCUCUCCCACCAUGUUUGUGCCAGCAACGACUCCAUCUGCCUACCUCCUGAGAAACUGUGCGACGGCAAUGACGACUGCCCCGAUGGCUCGGAUGAGAAGCUUUGCAAUCUUUGCACGAUGGAUAAUGGAGGCUGCAGCCACAACUGUACCAUUGCUCCUGGUGAGGGCAUCCUGUGCUCCUGCCCAGUUGGCAUGGAGCUCGGUACCGACAACAAGACCUGCCAGAUUCAGAGCUUCUGCGCCAAGCAUCUCAAGUGCAGCCAGCGCUGCAUGCAGGAGAAGGCCACUGUUAAGUGUGCCUGCUAUGAAGGCUGGGCGCUCGGGCCAGACGGCGAGAGCUGCAAGAGCACUGAUCCUUUCAAACCCUUCAUCAUUUUCUCCAACCGGCAUGAGAUCCGUCGGAUUGACUUGUACAAGGGCGAGUUCAGCGUGCUGGUGCCUGGCCUGCGUAACACCAUUGCCCUGGAUUUCCACCUCAACCAGAGUGCCCUCUACUGGACCGAUGUGGUUGAAGACAAGAUCUAUCGGGGAAAGCUGUCGGAAAACGGAGAUCCUUUCAAACCCUUCAUCAUUUUCUCCAACCGGCAUGAGAUCCGUCGGAUUGACUUGUACAAGGGCGAGUUCAGCGUGCUGGUGCCUGGCCUGCGUAACACCAUUGCCCUGGAUUUCCACCUCAACCAGAGUGCCCUCUACUGGACCGAUGUGGUUGAAGACAAGAUCUAUCGGGGAAAGCUGUCGGAAAACGGAGCUCCCAACCCGUGUGCAGCGAAUGAUGGGAAAGGGCCGUGCUCUCACCUGUGCCUCAUCAACUACAACCAAACCUUUUCCUGUGCCUGUCCACACCUCAUGAAACUCAAGGCAGACAAGCACACCUGCUACGAGUACCGUCAGUUCCUGCUGUACGCUCGUCAGAUUGAAAUCAGAGGGGUGGACAUUGAUAAUCCCUAUUACAACUACAUCAUCUCUUUCACUGUGCCUGACAUCGACAAUGUUACAGUGGUGGAUUAUGAUGCUCUGGAGGACCGCAUCUACUGGUCUGAUGUUCGCACUCAGACGAUCAAAAGAGCCUUCAUCAAUGGGACUGGUGUGGAAACGGUGGUAUCAGCUGACCUCCAUAAUGCUCAGGGUCUAGCUGUAGACUGGGUUUCCAGAAACCUCUUCUGGACCAGCUAUGAUACGAAUAAGAAGCAGAUCAAUGUUGCACACCUAGACGGGUCCUUCAAGAAUGCUGUAAUCCAUGGACUGGACAAGCCUCACUGUUUGGUGCUACAUCCUAUCCUGGGGAAGCUCUACUGGCUUGAUGGUGACAACAUCAGUAUGGCCAACAUGGACGGCACCAACCACACAUUACUGUUCACCAAUCAGAAAGGCCCAGUGGGUCUGUCCAUAGACUUUGACAUGGAGCAGCUGUACUGGAUCAGCUCAGGGAACAGCACCAUUAACCGCUGUAAGCUGGAUGGUUCCGGACUGGAGAUCAUCGAGGGUGUUAAAGGAAAACUCACCAAAGCUACAGCCCUCGCUAUCAUGGGAGAUAAGUUGUGGUGGGCCGAUCAGGGCACAGAUCAGAUCGGUACAUGUGACAAGAGCAAUGGAGGCAACUGGAAGGUUCUCCGAAAUAACACCUCACCCAUGAUGCAUAUGAAGAUCUACAAUGAGACUGUUCAUCAACUAGGUACCAACCUCUGCAGUAAGAACAAUGGUGACUGUUCUCAGCUUUGCUUGCCAACUUCACCAACUACAAGAGCCUGCAUGUGUACGGCUGGAUAUAGUCUGAAGAGUGGCCAACAGUCCUGUGAAGGCAUGGGCUCGUUUUUGCUCUACUCUGUGCACGAGGGCAUCCGUGGCAUCCCUCUGGACCCGUCAGAUAAAUCUGAUGCCCUGGUACCUGUGUCAGGCACCUCUCUUGCUGUGGGCAUUGACUUCCAUGCUGAGAAUGACACCAUCUACUGGGUUGACAUGGGCCUUAGCACUAUUAGCCGAGCCAAGAGAGACCAGACCUGGAGGGAGGACAUAGUGACCAAUGGCAUUGGACGUGUGGAAGGCAUCACCGUGGACUGGAUUGCAGGCAACAUCUAUUGGACUGAUCAAGGCUUUGAUGUGAUUGAGGUGGCCAGACUCAACGGCUCCUUCCGCUAUGUGGUCAUCUCUCAGGGUCUGGACAAACCUCGUGCCAUUGCUGUACAUCCAGAGAAAGGGUAUCUGUUCUGGACGGAGUGGGGUCAGUAUCCGCGUAUUGAAAGAUCUCGUCUGGACGGUUCUGAAAGAGUAGUUCUUGUCAAUGUCAGCAUCAGCUGGCCCAAUGGCAUCUCCAUUGAUUACAAGGAGAGCCUGCUGUAUUGGUGUGAUGCACGUACAGACAAAAUUGAGCGCAUAAAUCUGGAGACUGGAGAAAACCGUGAGCUGGUGCUGUCUAGUAACAACAUGGACAUGUUUGCUGUUUCUGUGUUUGAGGACUACAUCUACUGGAGUGACAGGACGCAUGCCAAUGGCUCCAUCAAGAGAGGAAACAAGGACAACGCCACAGACAUGGUGUAUCUGAGAACAGGCAUUGGUGUACAGCUCAAAGACAUUAAAGUCUUCAACCGUGCAAGACAGCAAGGUACCAACAUCUGUAAAGUGAACAAUGGUGGUUGUGAACAGCUGUGUCUGUACCGGGGUAAUGGCAAUCGUACCUGCGCCUGCGCCCACGGCAUGCUGGCAGAGGACGGCCACAGCUGCAGGGAUUACGAUGGCUACCUCCUCUACUCGGAGCGCACGAUACUAAAGAGCAUUCACCUAUCGGAUGAAACAAACCUCAAUGCUCCCAUUAAACCCUUUGAAGACCCAGAGCACAUGAAGAACGUCAUCGCCCUUACCUUUGACUACAGGGGUGGCGGUGGAAAGGGAGCCAACCGGAUCUUCUACAGCGACAUUCACUUUGGUAACAUUCAGCAUAUCAGCGAUGAUGGCUCUGACCGCAAGACCAUAGUGGAGAGUGUAGGAUCAAUUGAAGGUUUGGCUUAUCACCGGGGUUGGGACACACUUUACUGGACCAGCUACACCACCUCCACCAUCACACGGCACACUGUGGACCAGAGUCGCACUGGAGCUUUUGACAGAGACACUGUGGUCACUAUGUCCGGGGAUGACCACCCCAGAGCCUUUGUUCUGGAUGAAUGCCAAGACUUGAUGUUCUGGACUAACUGGAAUGAACAGACUCCAAGUAUCAUGCGAGCGUCUCUUUCUGGAGCGAAUGUCCUUGUGAUCAUCGGCAGUAACAUCCGCACCCCGAACGGCCUGGCCAUCGACCACCGGGCUGAGAAAAUCUAUUUCUCAGACGCCACAUUUGACAAGAUUGAGCGAUGCGAGUAUGAUGGCAGUCGACGCUUCGUGGUGCUCAAGAACGAGCCAGUGCAUCCUUUCGGUUUGGCGGUGUAUGGUGACUAUAUCUUCUGGACAGACUGGGUGCGCAGAGCUGUGCUCAGAGCUAAUAAAUACGGCACAGAUAUGAAAGUCCUACGUGCCGACAUUCCUCAACAGCCAAUGGGCAUCAUUGCUGUGGCCAAAGACACCAAUAGCUGUGAAUUUUCUCCAUGUCUCAUCAAUAAUGGAGGCUGUCAGGACCUGUGUCUGCUCACGUCAGAAGGACGAGUCAACUGCAGCUGCCGUGGAGAGCGCAAACUACUGGGAGACAACACCUGUGUUGCGGAGAACACAACCUGCAACAGCGUGGAUGAGUUUGAAUGUGGAAACGGCGACUGUAUCGAGUACAGCCUGACUUGUGACAGUCUCGGCCACUGCAAGGACAAGUCUGAUGAGAAGCAGUCCUACUGCGCGAACCGCAUGUGUAAGAAGGGCUACCGGCGCUGCAUUAACGGACGAUGUAUCAAACACAGCUCCUGGUGUGACGGCACUGAUGACUGUGGAGACGGUUCAGAUGAGCUGCCAUGCAACAUGACUCUGUGCAGUGCUGCUGAGUUCCAGUGCAAAGACGGUUCCUGCAUCACUAACUCUAGUCGCUGUAAUCAGGUGGUGGACUGUGAGGACGCCAGUGAUGAGAUGAACUGCAGCCCCACUGACUGCUCCAGUUACUAUCUGCUUGGAGUGAAGGGCGAGACCUUUGAGCAAUGUGAGUUCACUACACUCUGCUACGCCCCCUCCUGGCGCUGUGAUGGCUCCAAUGACUGCGGAGACUUCUCAGAUGAAAGAAACUGUCCCGAGAAAAGGAAGCAUAAUUGUCCGGUGAACUUCUUUGCGUGUCCGAGCGGCCGCUGUAUUCCCAUGAGCUGGACCUGUGACAAAGAGAACGACUGUGAGAAUGGAGCGGAUGAGUCUCACUGUGAUAAGUUCUGUGCAUCAAAUCAGUUUGAGUGUGGGAACCAUCGCUGUAUCUCCAAAUCCUGGGUGUGUGACGGCGCUGAUGACUGUGGAGACGGCACUGAUGAGGACAGCAAAUGCAAGACAAAGACUUGCAGUCCAGAGGCAUUCCAGUGUCCUGGCUCUCACAUGUGUAUUUCUCAGCGCUGGAAGUGUGACGGGGACAAGGACUGUCCUGAUGGUGCAGAUGAGGGCAUUAAGGCUGGUUGUGUGUUCAAUAAGACCUGUGAUGACUCGGAGUUCCAGUGUCAGAAUUAUCAGUGUAUUCCCAAAAACUUCAUGUGUGAUCAUGACAUUGACUGCCGCGAUGGUUCUGAUGAAUCGCCCGAGUGUGAAUAUCCCACAUGCGGACCAAAUGAUUUCCGCUGUGCUAAUGGCCAGUGCCUGAAGCAGAAGAACUGGGAGUGUGAUGGAGAGUUUGACUGUAGAGACCAAUCAGAUGAAGCUCCCAAAAACCCACUUUGCACAGACUCCGAGAGGCGCUGUAAUGACACUGCCUUCCUGUGCACCAAUGGCAAGUGUGUGAACGAGACAUUGCUGUGUGACGGUCAGAAUGACUGUGGCGACGGCUCUGACGAGAACAACUGCUUCAUCAAUGAAUGUCUCAACAGUAAGCUGAGCGGCUGUUCACAGCUCUGUGAAGAUCUCAAGAUCGGCUUCAAGUGCCGCUGUCAUCCAGGUUUCCGUCUGAAGCAAGAUGGGAAGACGUGUGUGGAUGUGGACGAGUGCACCACCACUUACCCCUGUGCCCAGCGUUGCAUCAACACGCAUGGUAGCUUCCACUGUCUCUGUGUCGAAGGCUUUGUGCCUCGUCCCGACGACCCCACCAGCUGCAAAUCAACAUCUGAUGAGGAACCUUUCCUUAUCUUUGCCAACCGCUACUACCUGCGAAAACUCAACUUGGAUGGAUCUAACUACACAUUGAUUAAACAGGGGCUCAAUAACGCAGUGGCUCUGGACUAUCAUUACGCGGAGCAGAUGAUCUACUGGACUGACGUGACAACACAAGGAAGCAUGAUCCGUCGCAUGAACAUCAACGGCAGUAACGUGCAGGUGUUGCACAGAACCUCUCUGAGUAACCCUGAUGGUCUGGCUGUGGACUGGGUCGGGGGGAACCUGUACUGGUGUGAUAAGGGCCGAGACACAAUUGAGGUUUCCAGGCUGAACGGAGCUUACAGAAGUGUGCUGGUUAACAGCGGCCUGCGAGAGCCCAGAGCCGUGGCUCUGGAUGUGAGGAAUGGGUAUCUGUAUUGGUCAGACUGGGGUGAUGUGCCACAUAUUGGCCGCAUCGGCAUGGACGGCACAGAUCGCCACAUCAUCAUUCAAGAUAAGAUCACAUGGCCGAACGGCUUGACGCUAGAUUUUAUUAAUGACCGCAUCUACUGGGCAGACGCUCGUGAAGACUACAUUGCUUUUUCCAGCCUGGAUGGAUCCAACAGACACAUUGUGCUGAAUCAAGACAUCCCUCAUAUCUUUGCCAUGACUCUAUUUGAGGAGUACAUCUACUGGACCGACUGGGAGACCAAGUCCAUUAACAGAGCUCACAAAACCCUGGGCACCAACAAGACCAUGUUGAUCAGCACCCUGCACAGACCCAUGGACAUACACAUCUAUCAUCCCUCCAGACAACCUGAGGUGUCAGAUCACCCGUGUCAGGUGGAUAAUGGUGGCUGCAGUAACCUGUGUUUGCUCUCACCUGGAGGAGGCUACAAGUGUGCCUGUCCCACCAACUUCUAUCUGGCUGCUGAUGGAAAACAGUGCUUGUCCAACUGUACAGCCAGUCAGUUUGUCUGCAAGAAUGAUAAGUGCAUUCCCUUCUGGUGGAAGUGUGAUACUGAGGAUGACUGUGGAGACCGCUCAGAUGAACCUGCCGAUUGCCCCGAGUUUAAAUGCAGACCAGGCCAGUUCCAGUGUGGCACAGGUCUCUGCACCAACCCGGCUUACAUCUGUGAUGGAGACAACGACUGCCAGGACAACUCUGAUGAAGCCAACUGUGACAUCCACGUUUGCUUGCCCAGUCAGUUUAAGUGCUCGCAUCCUAGUCGCUGUAUCCCUGGAAUCUUGCGUUGUAACGGUCAGAACAACUGCGGCCAGGGAGAAGAUGAAAAGGACUGCCCUGAGGUGACCUGUGCUCCUAACCAGUUCCAGUGUGCCAUCACCAAACGCUGUAUACCACGAGUCUGGGUGUGCGAUAGAGACUACGACUGCGUGGACGAAUCCGACGAACCGGCCAACUGCACUCAGAUGAAGUGCGGUGUGGAUGAGUUCCGCUGUAAGGACUCGGGCCGCUGUAUCCCGUCCCGUUGGACAUGUGAUGGAGAGGACGAUUGUGGAGAUGGCUCCGAUGAACCCAAAGAGGAGUGUGAUGAGAGAACAUGUGAGCCGUACCAAUUCCGCUGUAAGAACAACCGCUGCGUGCCGGGCCGCUGGCAGUGUGACUAUGACAAUGACUGUGGCGAUAACUCGGAUGAGGAGAAGUGCGUGCCACGUCAGUGCUCUGAAAGUGAGUUUGCCUGCACUAACGGCCGUUGUAUUGCUGGGAGGUGGAAGUGUGAUGGAGAUCAUGACUGUUCAGAUGGAUCUGAUGAGCAUGGCUGUGAUCUGAAGUGUGAGGAGGAUCAAUUCCAGUGUAAGAAUGGUCACUGUAUCCCACUUCGCUGGCACUGUGACGCUGAUGCUGACUGCAUUGAUGGCAGUGAUGAAACGAGUUGUGAUAUUUCUGUGGCACGGCACUGCCCCAAUGAUGAGUUCCAGUGUAAUAACACUCUGUGUAAGCCGCUGUCCUGGAAGUGUGAUGGGGAGGAUGACUGUGGAGAUAACUCUGAUGAGAACCCUGAGGAAUGCAGAAACUUCCAGUGCCCACCCACUAGAAGUUUCCGUUGUCGGAAUAAUCGCGUAUGUCUCAGGAGUGGCAAGCGCUGUGAUGGUGUGGACAACUGCGGAGACAAUUCAGAUGAGACCAACUGUGGAGACCACACAUCCACAUGCGAUAAAGACCAGUUCAAGUGCAGCAAUGGCAAAUGCAUCAGUGCCAACCUGCGGUGCAACUUCUUUAAUGACUGUGAAGAUUACGGAUCAGAUGAGAUUGGCUGCAAGACAGACACCAUGCUGAAUGACUGUAAGAGUAACAAAUCUCUAUGUGGAGAUGGCGAUGAGGCUCACUGCAUUUCCAACGGCACAGACACAUUCUGCUCCUGCAAACAGGGUUUCCAGAGCGUUGAACACAACACCUGUGAAGAUAAGAAUGAGUGCAAGCAGUUUGGUACGUGUUCUCACAUAUGCAACAACACCAAAGGCUCCUACAAGUGCAGCUGCAACAAAUACUUCACCAGGAUUAACAACACAUGCAAGGCUGACAGUCAAAACAUUAGUAAACAGGUCCUCUACAUUGCGGAUGAUAACGAGAUCCGCAGUCUAAAUCUUGAUAUGCGUAAGUGGGUUUAUGAGCAGACAUUCCAGGGCGAUGCCAACGUGCGCAUCGAUGCCAUGGACUUGCACGUCAAGACCAACCGCAUUUUCUGGACCAAUUGGCACACGUCUGGCAUUUCCUGCUUCCAGCUGCCAUCUCCAUCCUCACCAUCAGGUCCUAUGUCUAACUCUCACCGCAACACGAGGCAGAGCGAGGGCAGUGUCACCAACCUCGAUAUUCCAGGUUUGAAGAUGCCACGUGGAAUCGCGGUAGACUGGGUGGCUGGUAACCUCUACUGGACCGAUUCGGGACGUGAUGUGAUCGAGGUUGCUCAGAUUUCAGGCCAGCACAGGAAGACGCUGAUUUCUGGCAUGAUUGAUGAGCCUUAUGCCAUUGUAGUGGAUCCUCAGAGAGGAACCAUGUACUGGACUGAUUGGGGGAAUCAUCCAAAGAUUGAGACGGCUGCCAUGGAUGGGACACUCAGACAAACCCUGGUCCAUGAGAACAUCCAAUGGCCUACAGGUCUUGCAGUGGACUACUUCAAUGAGCGUCUGUACUGGGCAGAUGUCAAGCUCUCUAUGAUUGGCAGUGUGCGUUUGGAUGGCUCUGACCCUGUUGUGGCUGUAUCCAACAUCAAAAACAACCUCCUCCACCCCUUCAGCAUUGAUAUCUUUGAGGAUUACAUUUAUGGUGUUACCUACACCAAUAACUUUGUCUUCCGGGUUAACAAGUUUGGCAAAGGUCAGGCGGAGAAUCUGACCACUGGCAUCAACCACGCAACUGACAUAGUCCUAUAUCACCGCUACAAACAGCCUGAGAUGACUAACCCAUGUGAUAGGAAGAAGUGUGAAUGGUUGUGUUUACUCAGUCCCAGUGGGCCAGUGUGCACCUGCCCUAAUGACCACAUCCCUGACAACGGUACCUGUACUGAGGUGCCACCAGCGACCCAGUCCCCCUUCACUCCUACAUGUAAUGUUCAGUGCCAGAAUGGUGGCAGCUGUUUCCUCAACGCAUGGAACCAACCCAAAUGUCGCUGCCCCACCAGUUACAGUGGAGAACGCUGUGAAAUCAACCAGUGCAGAGACUACUGUCAGAACGGAGGAACCUGCUCCCCGUCACGCACAGGUGCUCCUACCUGCCGCUGUCAGACUGGCUUCACUGGCCCCAAAUGUAACCUGCAUGUUUGCAACAACUACUGCCAGAAUGGGGGCAACUGCACUGUCAACCAGGGCAACCAGCCAACCUGCCGUUGUCCAAAGGGCUUCUUGGGUGACCAGUGCCAGUACAGUCAUUGUGAGGACUUCUGUAAGAAUGGAGGUACUUGUAUGGAGAUGAUGAACGGCACUAAACAUUGCCAGUGUUCUGAGUCGUACUUUGGUCCGCAAUGUGAGCUGAACAAGUGUGAAUACUGUGGCACGGGCAAGUGUGAAGUGCUAGGCAACGGGAUAACAUGCAAAUGCGCUAAUGACAUCCAGCGGCCUACGUGCUACACCUGUGAUGACUUCUGCAUUGAGGGCCAGUGUUCUGUAGACCCUCAUACUAUGCUGCCACAGUGCAGGUGUCACACAGGCUGGUCAGGUUUCCGCUGUGAGCUCAAUGUCGCCCCUGUUCAAAACUCAGACUCUGGAAGUACUCCGUCAGUGGUCAUCCCAGUGGUGUUACUGCUCUUACUUGCACUGUUAGUGGUUGGUUCCAUCUUGUGGUACAAGAAGAGAAUGCGUGGCGCUAAAGGAUUCCAGCACCAGAGGAUGACCAACGGAGCCAUGAACGUUGAGAUCGGGAACCCAGCGUACAAGAUUUACGAAGGAGAGCCUGACGAUGACGCAGGGGAGCUGCUGGACUCUGAGUUCACUCUGGAUCCAGAUAAGCCCACAAACUUCACCAACCCCGUAUACGCCACACUCUACUUGGGCGCCCAUAACAGCCGUAACUCUCUGGCCAGCACAGACGAGAAGAAAGAGCUGCUGUCUGCAGGAGACGACGACAUGGGAGACCCGCUGGCGUAGAGUCACGGCCGGAUGCCUGCCCUCACGCAGACCGUUAUGCCUUUACAUGUCAAAGGAAAAGCAACAAGAGCAGGAACACUGUACAAAAUGUACAAAAAAAAAAAAAAACACACAAAAAAGACAAAAAUGAAGGACACUUUUGUAUGUGAUCGCAGUAUUAUAUUUUAUUCUUCAAGAAAUCCUUCUGGUCAAGAAAAGAAAGCAUUUUCUAUACAUAUAUUUUUUCUUUCCUUUCCCUGUUUUUUUUUUUUCUUUUUCAGACGUUUGCAUACCUAAUUCCUCACCCUUCCCCUCCAUUUAGCCACUACCUCUGUGCUCAACAAGAUGCCAACAACAAUAUGGGAAAUCUGUUUUUUUUUUUUUGUUUUAAGUUUAUUUUUGUAUGAAUUGUAUAGAGAUCAAUGUUUCUUUUAGGAAAAGCAAAAUUGCCAAGUGUUGCUAAUGAAAUGUAAGGGAGGGGGGCACGGCCGACUGAAUGAUACUGAUGCUGACUCGGCCCGUGUGUGAUUUCAGAUGGCUGAGAACAAAUAUGCGUGCGUGAGUGUUGCGAGACGUGGACGAGUCAGCAUCGCUUUUAUUUCUAUACUGUUAUCUCAGAGAACAACGCUUACGAUGAUUGUCAUACUCCUUGCACAGAUUGAUUUUAUAUAUAUUUACAUAUAUAAUUAACAAAGUGUCUUGACAAAUAUACCCAGGAAUACAAGCAGACACCCGUACGAAUAGCAGUAUAACUGUCUUUGUUUUAGCUUUGUUUUUUUAACGGAUGAAAAGAUGUGGAUUGAAUGAACGAUUGAGUGAAUCCAAACGGAUGGUAAAUGUAAGGUCAUUCCAGAACUGUUUCCAGGGUAUCAGUGGCCUUGGUGUGUACGCAAGCGGUACGUCCAAAGGAUGUGGGCCUCGUCUGAUGCCAUGUCUUCCAGUACGCCGCAAACAGCCAGGAGAAACGUGCAGAUGAUUGUCGUCUGCUCUCGGUCGGUGUGGAUUCGACAGAACCGUUCCAUACCACUUCAGUGGAAGCUGUAUGUCACUUUUAGUUCACUAGUUUGUCUUAUGGACUUUAUGCUCAGUGUAAGUGCAUUCCUGUGAGGUUCGUGUGGAUCCAGUAAUAACUCACUGCCUUGCUGCUACUCUUCCCAUCAUUCUCAUCUGCCUGACCAGUAGAGAGACUCGGCCAGCCCUGCUUGCGGCCGAGCGUCCACUGCUUCUAAUGGAGGUAACCUGUGCGUCAUAGGCUAAUGCAUGGAUCCAACAGUGCAUAAAGACUAGCGUCGGCUCAACAGAUACAUGUUAACAGUAUUCAUCCGAGCAUCUGGACUUAAUGUAAAGUGUCUGCUCUGUUUACGAUCAAAUGUAAUUUAGUACGGCCCUCGGUGGCCUUUUACUGUCACAGAUGACUAGUGUCACAACCCUGCAACAGUUUCUGUAGUUUUGUUGGUUCAUUUUUUUUUUUUUAUAUAUAUAUAUACAAAAUAAUUAAACUGCUUUUUAUAGUAGAAAUGCA